CAGGGGGCGUCAACAUGGCGUUCUCUCCUCGACGACCGCACUGACUGCAACCUGCCAAUGAGAGAGAGAGAGACAGUGAGAGGAGAGAGAAAGAAGCGGAGGCUACCAUUCUGUCAAACCUCCAUCCCUUUUUUUCCAGCCCUAUGAAUCCCGACACAUUUCCAGGAGGAUAGGGUGACUUCAGAGGGCUUUAGAAACACCGCUCUCCCUUGUUUUUCUUCUGCGCAGUGGAUGGUUUUUGUGUAGCAGCGGACGCUCGAGCUUGCAGACCAGGUGUGAGAGACAGCGGCGACCGCUCCUCUCCUCCCUGUUUCCAAGGGGAAAUGUCGAGCGAGAAGCCGGUUUCAGCACCACCGGGGUCUACUUCUUCGCUCACGGACACAGACCGAGACUCCCAUCCGCCGCCGGGCUCCUCCGUCCAGCAGGUCGCCGCGGGCGCUGGCUCCGGCGCCACCGGGGAAAGGAUGGUGUCUUCAGCCGGCUCCAUGGUCCUCCCGGCCGGGGUGAUCAACCCCGCUGUCCCGAUCAGGAAUAUCCAGAUGAAAUUCGCCGUGUUGGUGGGCCUGAUCCAGGUCGGGGAGGUUAGCAACAGGGACAUCGUGGAGACGGUGCUGAACCUGCUGGUGGGCGGCGAGUUUGACCUGGAGAUGAACUUCAUCAUCCAGGAGGCGGAGAGCAUCGGCUGCAUGGUGGAGUUGCUGUCCCACUGCGAGGUGACGUGCCAGGCCGAGAUCUGGAGCAUGUUCACCGCCAUCCUCCGCAAGAGCGUGCGCAACCUGCAGACCAGCACCGAGGUCGGCCUCAUACAGCAGGUGCUGCUCAAGAUGAGCACUGUGGACGACAUGAUAGCAGACCUCCUGGUGGACAUGCUGGGAGUCAUGGCCAGCUACAGCAUCACAGUGAAGGAGCUGAAGCUGCUCUUCAGUAUGCUGAGGGGAGACAACGGCAUCUGGCCAAGACAUGCUAUCAAGCUCUUGUCGGUGUUGAACCAGAUGCCUCAGAGACAUGGUCCUGAUACCUUCUUCAACUUCCCAGGACGCAGUGCAGCGGCCAUAGCAUUGCCGCCAAUUGCCAAAUGGCCUUACCAGAACGGGUUCACUAUCAACACCUGGUUCAGACAGGAUCCACUCAACAACAUCAAUGUGGAUAAAGACAAGCCGUACCUCUACUGCUUCCGCACCAGUAAAGGAAUAGGCUACUCCGCUCACUUUGUGGGGAACUGUCUCAUCGUCACGUCGUUGAAGUCAAAAGGAAAAGGCUUUCAGCACUGUGUGAAAUACGAUUUCCAACCCCGCAAGUGGUACAUGAUCAGCAUCGUCCACAUCUACAACCGCUGGAGGAACUCCGAGAUCCGCUGCUAUGUCAACGGUCAGCUGGUCUCCUAUGGUGAUAUGGCCUGGCACGUCAACACCAAUGAUAGCUACGACAAGUGUUUCUUGGGCUCAUCAGAGACGGCAGAUGCCAACAGGGUGUUUUGCGGUCAGCUGGGAGCCAUUUACGUUUUUAGUGAAGCUCUCAACCCAGCUCAGAUCUUUGCCAUCCACCAGCUUGGCCCAGGAUACAAGAGCACUUUCAAGUUCAAGUCAGAGAGUGACAUCCACCUGGCUGAGCACCACAAGCAGGUUUUGUACGAUAGCAAGCUGGCCAACUCAAUCUCCUUCACCUACAACGCCAAGGCGACGGAUGCCCAGCUCUGCCUGGAGUCGUCGCCGAGGGAAAACUCCUCCAUCUUCGUCCACUCUCCACACGCGCUCAUGCUACAGGACGUGAAGGCCAUUGUUACCCACUCCAUCCACAGUGCCAUCCACUCUAUAGGAGGCAUCCAGGUCCUGUUCCCUCUCUUCGCUCAGCUGGACUACAAACAGCUCAAUGACUGCAGCGUGGACACCACAGUCUGUGCCACUCUGCUGGCGUUCCUGGUGGAGCUGUUGAAGAGCUCCGUUGCGAUGCAGGAGCAAAUGCUGGGAGGGAAAGGCUUUCUAGUGAUUGGAUACCUGCUUGAGAAGUCAUCACGAGUCCACAUCACCAGGGCGGUGCUUGAACAGUUCUUGUCCUUCGCCAAGUAUCUGGAUGGUUUACCUCAUGGAGCGCCUCUCCUCAAACAGCUCUGUGACCAUGUCCUCUUCAACGCUGCCAUCUGGAUACACACCCCUGCCAAGGUCCAGCUAUCCCUCUACACAUACCUGUCCUCCGAGUUCAUCGGCACCGCCACCAUCUACACCACCAUCCGCCGUGUCGGUACCGUCCUGCAACUGAUGCACACUCUCAAGUACUACUACUGGGCCAUCAACCCGCUGGACUGCAGUGGAAUCAGCCCCAAAGGUCUUGACGGACCACGGCCAUCCCAAAAGGAGAUCAUCUCGCUCAGAGCCUUCAUGCUUCUCUUCCUCAAACAACUCAUACUAAAGGACCGGGGCGUGAAGGAGGACGAGCUGCAGAGCAUUCUCAACUACCUACUGACCAUGCAUGAGGAUGAGAAUAUCCACGACGUGCUCCAGCUGUUGGUGGCUCUUAUGUCUGAACAUCCAGCGUCCAUGAUUCCUGCAUUUGACCAGAGAAAUGGAAUAAGGGUGAUCUGCAAGCUACUGGCCUCUAAGAGCGAGAGUAUCCGGGUCCAAGCCCUCAAAGUCCUGGGCUACUUCCUAAAGCACCUUGGUCACAAGUCAGUACCGCUUUGUCUUUGUGCUUUUCAUCUGGUGUAUUCCUUUGUGUGGUGUUUGUGUGUGUGUGUGUGUGUGUGUGUGUGUGUGUGUGUGCAGAUUCUGACAGAGCAGGUCUGUACUCAGGUGGUUCACAAACCCCACCCUGAGCCAGACUCCACGGUCAAGAUCCAGAAUCCCAUGAUUCUAAAGGUAGUGGCCACCCUGUUGAAGAACUCCUCUCCCAGUGCUGAGCUGAUGGAAGUCAGAAGACUCUUUCUCUCUGACAUGAUAAAACUUUUCAGCAACAGCCGCGAAAACCGGCGCUGCCUGCUGCAGUGCUCUGUGUGGCAGGACUGGAUGUUCUCCCUUGGAUACAUAAACCCCAAGAACCCCGAGGAGCAGAAAAUAACCGAGAUGGUGUACAACAUCUUCAGGAUCCUGCUCUACCACGCUAUUAAAUACGAAUGGGGAGGGUGGCGUGUCUGGGUUGACACCCUAUCCAUCGCACACUCCAAGGUGACUUACGAAGCCCAUAAAGAGUACUUGGCUAAGAUGUACGAAGAGUACCAGCGCCAGGAGGAGGAAAACAUGAAGAAGGGGAAGAAAGGCUCUGUGUCCACCAUCUCCGGGCUUUCCGCUACGCCUGCCCCUGUCGUAAACGGCAACCUCGAGAUUGAUGACAACUCCCAGACACAGACACCUGAGAGCGAGGCCGAGUACAGCGAGGGGACUGGCGGGGACUCGCGCAACCUGCUCGCAGAGGGCGUCGUGAAGCGACCCAACGGAGAAGCCCUGACACCCGGCGAGCAGAGCGCUGGUCCUGGGGUGCGGGUGGAGGUCCACGACCUGCUGGUAGACAUUAAAGCAGAGAAGGUGGAGGCCACAGAAGUUAAGUUGGAUGACCUGGACUUGUCUCCAGAAGGCCUCGGUGGAGGCGUGGGUGGAGGCGUGGGGGGAGGAAUAGAGAACGGACCUCUGGUUGAGGUGGAUUCUCUUCUGGACAGUGCUUACUGCGCUGUAGUUCAAAAUCUAAAUGGAAACCUGGUGCCGAAAGAUGACACGCCAGGCUCGGGGGUUGGGAUGGGGUCAAGCCUGGGGCUUACGGGAGUCAGCCUGGAGGAUGAUGGGAACAUGGGUCCGCUCAUCACAUUGGCUGACGAGAAGGACAGCGUCCCAAGCAACAACGGAUUUCUCUUCAGCAAGGUUGACGAGAAGCUGCUUCCAGCUCUGGCAGCCACAGACCCCCUUGUACUGCCGAGUACAGACCAGCCCACUCCAUCCGGCCCAGUCCCGGCUCACUCCACCACCAGCGCCAGUGAUGACCUUAGCCUGCUGGCCCACAUGACGAGUUGCGGCUCUGAUCUAACGCAGACCCAGAGCCACACUUCUGGGGAACUUCUAGAGGACGGGCCCUUCAAGAUCCAAAGCCCUCUUGCUGAUAUCAGCUCUAUUGCUCAGGCCGAGAGCCAAGCCCAGAUCCAGGGAACAUCGAGAGCAGAUUACCCAGAGGGAGAGGGCAUAUCCGGGGCAGAGGGAGAGGCUGCGGGGCUUAAGACUGGGGGAGACACAGCCAGCACCACCUCUGAUACAGAGAGGUCGGAUGAUGGGAAAGACAAGGACGCAAAGAAGAUCCAAACUACUGCGACCACUCAGGCCCUCCAUGGUCGUACAGCAGCCCAGCUGGAGCGGGACCUACGCGUUGAUCUGGGCUUCAGGGGCAUGCCCAUGACGGAGGAGCAGCGCCGGCAGUUCAGCCCCGGCCCGCGUACGACCAUGUUCCGCAUCCCAGAAUUCAAGUGGUCUCCAAUGCACCAGAGGUUGCUCACUGACCUGCUGUUCGCCCUGGAGACUGACGUGCAUGUGUGGAGGAGCCACUCCACCAAGUCGGUUAUGGAUUUUGUGAACAGCAAUGAGAACAUCAUCUUUGUCCACAACACGAUCCACCUCAUUUCUCAGAUGGUGGACAACAUCAUCAUCGCCUGUGGAGGCAUCCUGCCUCUCCUGUCUGCUGCCACCUCCCCUUCUAGUUCUAAGAGUAGUGCCAACACUAAGGCAGGAGGAGCCGUACCCCAGAGGGGGUCAAAGGGAGAGGAGGUGACCCCUGUUCCUGGGGGAGGAGGCGCAGGGGGAGAGACGGAGUUGGAGAACAUCGAGGCCACACAGGGCAUGUCUUCAGAGACAGCGGUCACCUUCCUGUCUCGUCUCAUGGCCAUGGUGGACGUACUGGUGUUCGCCAGCUCUCUCAACUUCAGCGAGAUUGAAGCAGAGAAGAACAUGUCGUCAGGAGGGCUGAUGAGGCAAUGCCUCCGCCUGGUGUGCUGUGUGGCAGUGAGGAACUGUCUGGAGUGCAGGCAGAGACAGAGAGAACGAAGCUGCAAGUCCUCCUUAACCAGCAGCAAGUCACAGGACAGCCUCCACAGUGCCUCCACCACCGGCAAGCAAGAUCCGGACAGACUCCUGCAGGAUGUAGACAUCAAUCGUCUUCGAGCUGUGGUUUUUAGAGAUGUGGACGACAGUAAGCAGGCUCAGUUUCUGGCGCUGGCAGUCGUCUACUUUAUCUCAGUUCUCAUGGUAUCGAAGUACCGGGACAUUUUGGAACCCCAGCGAGAGAUUGGCAGGUCCACCAGCCUAUCAGGGAGAAGCAUCCGCCACGAGAUAAACUCCCCAACCAGUACAGAGCACCCAUCCACAGCCUUCUCUGACCGUGACAAACAGACCCCCACCCCCGUGGACGACUCUCCACUGGCUUGCCUCCCCCACACAGACUCAGGCAUCGGGGAGGAGGGCCAUGUGGCCGGAUCCCUGAACGGCUCAGAGAUGGGCCUGGGGCUCGGCCUUGGCCUGGUGGGGAGAGAGACAGAUAGAGACAGAGACAUGGGGGGAGGAGGUGGGGUAGGAGGCACAGAUCUGUUGUGUAGUCUGUCUGAUGUUAGGAGGUCACAGGAGAGCCUUCUGGAUUCUCCCCACAACCCCAACAGCCAAGCCCCGCCUUCGUCCAUCUCCAGCAUCAGCCAAACAAACAAAGGCAUCAAUGUUAAGGAGAUCCUGAAGAGCUUGGUGGCGGCUCCAGUUGAUGGUGGGGAUUUGGGACAGGAGUCCGGGCCAACGCCCUAUCACCCCGACCCUGCCCUGAAGACACACCCCAUGCUGCCCAUGCAGUUCCACUCCUUCGACAGGAGUGUAAUGGUUCCAGUCAAAAAGCCACCACCUGGCAGCCUGUCAGUCAACACGGUGGGCACGCCCACUACUAGCGGAGCAGCUGCUGCCGGCAGCACACCCAACAUUUUUGCAUCUGCAACCGCAACACCCAAGAGCAUGAUCAACACUACAGGUGCCACAGACUCUGCCUCCUCUUCCUCCUCCUCCUCUUCGUCGUUUGUAAACGGUGCGACUAGUAAGAAUUUGCCAGCGGUGCAGACGGUGGCACCCAUGCCAGAAGACUCAAUGGAGAAUAUGAGUGCCUAUUGUGAGGUGGCGCAGUGUGCGCUGCGCAGCGGUCAGACGCCCCCUGAGCUCAAGUCUUUUAGCUCUCUGGCAGGCUUCCAGGCAGCUCCCCGAGAUGCAGGACAGUGUUUUAGUAUCACCACCAAGCUCGAGCGCGCUCUGGAGAAAGUGGCGCCCCUGCUGAGGGAGAUUUUUGUGGAUUUUGCUCCCUUCCUGUCCAGGACGCUGCUGGGUAGCCAUGGGCAGGAACUGCUCAUAGAAGGUCUGGUGUGCAUGAAGUCUAGCACGUCUGUGGUGGAGCUCGUAAUGCUGCUCUGUUCUCAGGAGUGGCAAAACUCUAUUCAAAAGAACGCUGGACUGGCCUUCAUUGAGCUCAUCAACGAGGGAAGACUUCUGUGCCACGCCAUGAAGGAUCAUAUUGUUCGUGUUGCCAAUGAAGCUGAGUUCAUCCUGAACAGACAGAGGGCAGAGGAUGUACACAAACAUGCCGAAUUUGAGUCUAACUGCGCCCAGUACGCUGCGGACCGGAGAGAGGAGGAGAGAAUGUGCGAUCACCUCAUCAGCGCCGCCAAGCACAGAGAUCAUGUAACCGCAAACCAGCUGAAACAGAAGAUCCUCAACAUCCUGACCAAUAAGCACGGAGCGUGGGGGACAAUGUCACAGAGCCAAUUACAUGACUUCUGGCGUCUAGACUACUGGGAGGACGACCUGAGGAGGAGACGGAGAUUUGUGCGAAAUGCCUCUGGAUCCACUCACGCCGAUGUGUCACUCAAAGCUCUGGAGGAAUACGGUUCAGAAGAAGACGAGGAGGGGCUUAAGUCGAAGAAAACUUUCCGCAGCCAAUCAGUGGUCACGCAGAACCCAGAGGCGGAGUUAAUGCUGGAGGGAGACGAUGACGCUGUCAGCCUGCUGCAGGAAAAAGAGAUCGAUAACCUUGCUGGCCCAGUGGUUCUGAGUACUCCAGCUCAGUUGGUGGCUCCAGUGGUGGUGGCUCGAGGCACUCUGUCCAUCACUACUACUGAGAUCUACUUUGAGGUGGAUGAAGAGGACCCUACAUUCAAGACGACUGACGCUAAAGUACUGGCCUACUCAGAGGGUCUGCAUGGUAAAUGGAUGUUCAGUGAGAUCCGAGCCGUGUUCUCCAGACGCUACCUGCUGCAGAAUACCGGACUCGAGGUCUUCAUGGCCAACAGAACGUCUGUGAUGUUUAACUUCCCUGACCAGGGCACAGUCAAACGGGUGGUCUACAGUCUCCCACGGGUUGGUGUUGGAACGAGUUACGGCCUGCCACAGGCCAGGCGGAUUUCCUUGGCCACCCCUCGUCAGCUCUUCAAGUCAUCCAACAUGACGCAGCGCUGGCAGAGGAGAGAAAUCUCCAACUUUGAGUACCUCAUGUUCCUCAACACGAUUGCAGGGAGGACUUAUAAUGAUUUGAACCAGUACCCCAUCUUCCCCUGGGUCUUGACCAACUUUGAUUCAGAGGAGCUCGACCUCACUCUACCUGGCAACUUCAGAGACCUCUCCAAGCCAAUCGGUGCCCUGAAUCCCAAGCGAGCAGCGUUUUAUGCAGAACGCUACGAGACGUGGGAUGACGACAGCACGCCUCCUCACCACUAUACAACCCUGUACUCCACUGCUCAUUCAACCCUGAUGUGGAUGCUCAGAAUAGAGCCCUUUACAACGUUUUUCCUCAACGCUAACGAUAACAAGUUCGACAAUCCGGAAAGAGCCUUCUCUGGCAUCGGCUGCUCGUGGAGGAACUGCCAGAGGGACACGGCUGAUGUCAAGGAGCUGAUCCCAGAGUUCUACUACUUGCCUGAGAUGUUCGUUAACAGCAAUGAGUACGAGCUCGGGGUGCGUGAUGAUGGAGUUUCUGCGUGUGACGUGGAGCUUCCCGCCUGGGCCAAGAAACCUGAAGACUUUGUCCGCAUUAACCGGAUGGCGUUGGAGAGCGAGUUUGUGUCGUGCCAGCUUCACCAGUGGAUCGAUCUAAUAUUUGGCUACAAGCAACGAGGGCCAGAAGCAGUACGAUCUCUCAACGUGUUCAACUUCUUGUCCUAUGAGGGAGCAAUCAACCUAGACAAUGCAGAUGCUGCGCAACGUGAGGUGGUUGAGUGCCAGAUUCAGGCGUGUGGUCAGAUCCCCUCCCAGCUGCUGAUCGAGCCACACCCACCUCGCUCCUCCGCUAUGCACCUGUGUUUCCUUCCACAGAGCCCACUGAUGUUUAAGGAUCAGAUGCAGCAGGACGUCAUCAUGGUGCUCAAGUUCCCCUCCAACUCCCCCGUCACUCACGUCGCAGCCAACACGCUUCCCCACCUCAGCAUACCAGCAGCUGUCACCGUCACAUGUAGCCGGCUGUUUGCCGUCAACCGCUGGCACAACACAGUCGGCCUCCGUGGAGCUCCAGGAUACUCCCUAGAGCAGGCUCAUCAUCUACCCAUUGAGAUGGACCCUCUUAUAGCAAACAACUCAGGCGUGAACAAGCGUCAGAUCACUGACCUUGUGGACCAGAGCAUCCAAAUCAACACGCACUGUUUUGUGGUUACUGCCGACAACCGCUACAUCCUGGUCUGCGGCUUCUGGGACAAGAGCUUCCGUGUUUACUCCACUGAAACUGGAAAACUGACCCAGAUAGUUUUUGGCCACUGGGAUGUCGUGACGUGUCUGGCCAGAUCAGAGUCCUACAUCGGCGGAGACUGCUACAUCGUGUCAGGCUCCAGGGAUGCCACUCUUCUUCUGUGGUACUGGAGUGGACGACACCACAUUAUUGGGGACAACCCUAACAACAGUGACUAUCCCGCUCCCAGGGCAGUACUUACAGGACACGACCACGAGGUGGUGUGUGUGUCUGUCUGUGCAGAGCUAGGAUUGGUCAUCAGUGGGGCUAAAGAGGGCCCGUGCCUGGUCCACACCAUCACAGGGGACCUGCUUAGGGCCCUGGAGGGGCCAGAGCUGUGUCAGCGGCCUCGCCUCAUCUCAGUGUCCAGCGAGGGCCACUGCAUCAUCUACUAUGAGAGAGGCCGCUUCUGCAACUUCAGCAUAAAUGGAAAACUGCUGGCACAAAUGGAGGUCAACGAUUCCACACGGGCGAUCCUGUUGAGCAGCGACGGACAGAACUUGGUGACAGGAGGUGAUAAUGGAGUUGUGGAAGUGUGGCAGGCAUGCGACUUCAAACAGCUUUACAUCUAUCCAGGCUGUGACGCAGGCAUCCGUGCCAUGGACCUCUCCCAUGACCAGAGGACUCUAAUCACUGGCAUGGCGUCUGGCAGCAUUGUGGCGUUCAACAUAGACUUCAACCGCUGGCACUACGAACACCAGAACAGGUACUGAGGUGGACAGCGUGAGGAAGAGGAUGGAGAGAGGAGAGAAGAACAAGAGGGAGAGGAGGUGAAGCAUUCUGCUGUGUAUCUGCAACGUGGGGAGACUAAAGGUACCGAGAGGAAGGAAUAACAAGUACCGGACCUUAGGCUCCAUUCCCUUGUUGAAGUUUACUUGAUUUGAGGAUGCGGCAGCGCUGGUGGAAAUAACAUCCUCUGUGCAUAUGUGUACGUACACGCGUGGGUAGCCACAGACACAUAAUAGCCCGAAGAUACACACCAAAACCUGCAAAUAAAAUAGACCGCAGAAUGGGGAAAAAGAGCAAGUCAAGCAGACCUGGUAGAGGUCGAUCAUACCCGUACCUCUCACAGGACCGGUGCAGUUACUGUUCCUGGUACGCUUAAUGCUUCACAGACAAAGAACUGAGUUUUGUUUUCCCUCAUACUCUUUUUAUUUCUUCUUUAUCAAUAUUGUUUUUUGCUUUUCGUUUGAGGGGGAGUUUAGUCUGGGAAUUAUUGGGUGGACUAUAAAUUAAGACUUCUUCAAAGUGUCGAAACUGAUUAGAAAUGGUCAGAAAUGAUCCCGCCCCACCCACUGCUUUAAAAAGAAAAAAACGGUGCUAUUGGCUUGAUCUUAAAAUUCACACUUGAAAAAUUGCCUGGGGUUACAAUUUUAUUUGAUUGUAUCUUAUUUGAUUUGAUCUUAUUUGAUUUGAUCUUACUUGAUUUGAUUUUAUAAUGUGAAUUAAAAAAACAUUUCUUUGACCCGCAGCGGGGUUAAAUCUGAUUCUUAUGUAAAUAAGGCUCUGCUUCCUUCAGAGUCGACGCGUGUUCUUUCACUACACAAACUGCGCUUAUCACCUUUAAUUUAUUAAUGACUUGCUGUAUGUAAAAUAUUGUGUAAUAAUUAUUAUAAUGUUGACGAGACUGAUGAUAAUAACGGCAGUGUCAAGGACGGUGAUUGUUUUGCCAGAGAUGGUAAUGAUAAAGAAGUCUUGUGCCAGUGCCACCGAGGAUGACAAACACAAGACUGACGGGAUUUCCUUUGUAUAUUUGGUGAUUGUUUUGUCAAAUAUGUACAUAUAGUCUUGAUUCAAGCUUGGUGGGAGACUUAAUCAGCUGAAUAUGACUGAAAGCGCAAAGGAAACCUUCACUUACCCACAUUUGUUGAUUAUUUAAAAGAAGAGAAUCAAAUCAAUGUAAAAGUUUGUUUUGUAUUUGCACUUUGCACCAAUCACACGUCAUUAUUUAUUAGCUUGGUUCUUUCUGGUCGGCUGCCAUUUUGUUUAGGUCCAUUUCCCCUUCGGGAUUAUUUGUGCAUUGAUGUUUGUAUUUAAAGCGUUGAGCUCAUGUGUGAUUAUUAGGUUUUACAACCUCACCGUUGUAAGCAAUAUCAUGAUUCUGUAGCUGAUAGAGGCGGGAAGGGAGGAGGAGAGGGGAUGAAAUGUGAGACGGACUGUAUGUGUGAAGCCAUCUUGAUCAAAUGCGCACAUGCACAUACUCUAUCGACAGGUUCAACUUACGUAUCCAAAAAAAGGUUAAAUAUUUUUGGAUCUAUGAAACCCUAAAAACUAUUGUAUUCAUGUUUUAUUGCAAAGAUGUAAAAUACGACAUGUGUGAGUUGAAAAAAAAAAAAUCAUGAUAAGAAAAAUAAAAUAUGCAAAGAAUUUGA